GUCACACUCACUACUCACCCCCCCCCCGGCCACCCCACCCAAACCUCCCAUGAUCGUUGAGUACCAAAGUAGGUGUAGGUAACAGGCUGAUCCCUACAACCAUUAAUGACUCCUCACUAGUUACUACUCUCCUUACCCAAAAAUUUGCAAUUUUCAGACACCCUGGAAUCUCACUUUCGCAGCCCAAAAUCCAAAAAACAAAAUACAAAAAUGACAACACCUCCAGCUCACAAAAUGCAAAAAAUCCUCUUUUUCUUGAUUUUUAUCAUGAUAUUUUGUAAUGGGGUUUCAGUUUUUGACCUUAAUUCAGUUAAAGAUUGUAACUUUGAUGUAAUGGGGAAAAGGGGUUGUGUUGAAAAGGUGGAUCAAGAAGAUAUGAUGGAUAGUGAAAGUAACAGAAGAGUUUUGCUAAUGCAGAAAAAGUACAUUAGUUAUGAGACAUUGAAGAGGGAUUUAGUGCCUUGUAAUACACCUGGUGCUUCAUAUUAUAAUUGUAGAGCUCCUGGUGAAGCUAAUACUUAUAAUAGAGGUUGUGAGAUUAUUACCAGGUGUGCUAGGCAGGUCAGUGACAUCAAAUCUUGAUUGUUAAAGUGAUAUUUGUGCUUUCUUGAUUAUUAAUUUAGUCCAGAAAUCUUGGAGUUUUUGCUAAUGUUGUGUACUAUGAAGUCAAUGUAACCAAUUGUUCCAUAUCAAGUAGUAUAAAUUCUGUUGAUGCCAAAUUAUUUAUUUUGUUC